CUAUUUUGCGCAUUGUGGAGGCAGAUGAGAACACACACACACACACACACACACACACACACACACACACGGCCUCGCCCACAGCAAGCGAGGCGUCUCCCCCAGCACACACCGGGUACCUCUCAGCGUCAAGCAGUCCCAGCUGUGGGGCAGGCGCCGCCAGGCUUAAGGCGCAGGCGUGUCCCCUUGGGCUGGGGUGGGGCCUGCGGGCAGGGCCCUCUGGCUUUGGGCCCCGAGCCCCACUCCUCUGGCCCCUCCCGCGGCGGCAGCAGCCCGGUUGUCUUUACCGCCCCCUCUUCCUCGCCGGCUGAGGGGCCGCCGAGACCCGGCCGCGGGGCACAAGGUCGCCUCCCGGCGGGGAGCUCAUCCGGCGGCGCAGACGCCCAGCGGCUCCGGGGAGGGACUUGGCCUGGGCUCUUGGCCUCGGCUCAUCUGGGGAGGAGCCGAGAGUCUGCAGCUGGCGGCGGCCGGCACUGGGCGGGCGGAGGUCGGUAGAGGAGCGGCCAGGCCAGAGAGCCCUCCUUGGCAGGGCCCGCAACGCCGCUAGCUGCUUGCCUGCCGCAGAAGCCGGGGGCGCGGGCCCGGCGCUCUCUUGUCUUUCUCUCUGGGGUCUCUGCUGCUUCUCUGCAAACCACGGGAAGAAGGCGCCCUCUCCUUAGCGGGCCGGGAGCUGCAGAGGCAUCGCGGGGCGCGGUUGAUGGGAGGAGAAAGGAGAGAGGGAGCGGAGCCGGCCCGGGCCCAGCCGUGACUCGCGGGGCUGCGGCUCCGCCAAUCUGCGGGCGCUGACGCGGGGGGCGGCUCCGCGGUGCUGGGAUAUCUGCCCGCCCGGGGCGCGGGGCGCCGAGGCUCGGCCGUUCAGGAACUGCGCUCCGGGACCGCCGUUGCACCUGCCCGGGGACCUCGCCGGCCGCCCCGUGCGCCCCCCUCCCGCUCCUGUCCCUUCCUGCGUCCCUGCGGCCCUUCACUCUCCUGGUCCUCAUCCCCGGGCUACACUGUGAAACCGCAGAGCCCUGCCCGAAGGAGCUGCCCCCUCUCCGCCUGCCCAGCGCCCAGCGCGGCCCACCACUAAGCUCACGGAGAGGACCGAACUGUGGAUUGGAUCGCUUCGCGCAGCCCCUGCCACCGUCCCUGGACAGUCGCGCCCCAGCGGGGAUGGGCCGCUGCGUCCGGCCCCCGGGCGCCUGAUGAGCGUAGCCGCAGCCCGGGACACCCGCGCUGGCUGCUCUGUGCGCGGGGCCUCACCCGGUUGCUCCUUGCACUUCCAGCUCCGUGGAGCAGGGCAAGUGGGCCCGGCCGCUGAAGGCGCGGCCGCCCAGGAGAGACUAAGAGGGCACGGUCCAGAGAUGGCCCCAAGAGCCGGCGCUUCGGUGGCAGGCGUCCUACACGUCGUGCGGGCCCAGGGACAGCCCUGGAACUGGUAGCUGCCUGGGCGCCGGAUGGACCUUGACCCGCGAGGCAGCGCCGCGUUCCUGCCAAGCCGAAGCUAGAGGAGCGCGGGAAGAGAGCGCUGUAGGAGGCUCCCGGAGCCCCAGGCCCCAUUGCCUGCGCGGCUAUGAAGAUGAUCCUGGUGCGCAGGUUCCGCGUGCUCAUCCUGAUGGUGUUCCUGGUGGCCUGCGCGCUGCACAUCGUGUUGGACCUGCUGCCGAAACUGGAGCAACGCGCUGCGGGGCCCUCGGGGGAGCCCGGGUGCUCGUGCGCGCAGCCGGCUGCCGAGGUGGCAGCUCCCGGAUGGGCUAAGGCGCGGGGCCACCCCGGGGAGCCCCCGGCCGCCGGCGACGCGGGCUGGCCCAACAAGCACACGCUGCGCAUCCUGCAGGACUUCAGCUCCGACCCCUCCUCCAACCUCACGUCCCACUCGCUGGAGAAACUGCCUCCCGCAGCCGAGCCGGCUGAGCGCGCCGUUCGGGGCCAGGGUCCCGGCGCCCCGCGACCCCGAGACCCUGCUCACCGGCCGCUGCUCCGAGACCCUGGCAUCCGGCGGUCGGUGCCGCCCCCUGGCCCAGGCGGGGACAGCUCCCUCUUGGCUAGGCUAUUUGAACACCCGCUCUACCAGGUGGCUGUUCCGCCGCUAACGGAGGACGAUGUCUUAUUUAAUGUGAACAGUGACCCCAGGUUCAGCCCAAAGUUGGCGGAGAACCCGGACUGGCCGCGUGAAGGUGCUGAAGGUGAAGGGCUCUUGUCCACUGGGGAGGCGACUGUGGACUCCUAUCCUAACUGGCUCAAGUUCCACAUUGGCAUUAACCGUUAUGAGCUCUACUCCAGGCACAACCCAGCGAUUGAGGCUCUGCUACAUGAUCUCGGCUCCCAGAAGAUCACCAGCGUGGCCAUGAAGUCGGGGGGCACUCAGCUGAAGCUGAUCAUGACGUUCCAGAAUUAUGGGCAGGCCCUCUUCAAGCCCAUGAAGCAAACCAGGGAGCAGGAGACACCCCCUGACUUUUUCUAUUUCUCUGACUACGAGAGGCACAAUGCAGAGAUCGCUGCCUUCCACCUGGACAGGAUCCUGGACUUUCGUCGGGUCCCUCCAGUGGCGGGCAGGAUGGUCAACAUGACCAAGGAGAUCCGGGAUGUUACUCGAGACAAGAAGUUGUGGAGAACCUUCUUCAUCUCUCCAGCCAACAACAUCUGCUUCUACGGGGAGUGUUCCUACUACUGCUCCACCGAGCACGCCCUGUGUGGGAAGCCAGACCAGAUCGAGGGCUCGCUGGCGGCCUUCCUGCCUGACCUGUCCCUGGCCAAGAGGAAGACAUGGCGGAACCCCUGGCGGCGCUCCUACCAUAAGCGCAAGAAGGCCGAGUGGGAAGUGGACCCAGACUACUGUGAGGAAGUGAAGCAGACGCCUCCCUAUGACACCAGCCACCGCGUCCUGGACAUCAUGGACAUGACCAUUUUUGACUUCCUCAUGGGAAACAUGGACCGCCACCACUAUGAGACAUUUGAGAAGUUUGGGAAUGAGACAUUCAUCAUCCACUUGGACAAUGGAAGGGGGUUUGGGAAGUACUCACACGACGAGCUGUCCAUCCUGGUGCCCUUGCAGCAGUGCUGCAGGAUCAGGAAGUCUACCUACCUGCGUCUACAGCUGCUGGCCCGGGAGGAGUAUAAGCUGAGCCUGCUCAUGGCAGAGUCUCUGCAGAAGGACAGGGUGGCGCCCGUCCUAUACCGGCUGCACUUGGAGGCUCUGGACCGGCGGCUGCGUGUUGUGCUACAGGCCAUCCGGGACUGCAUCGAGAGGGAUGGACUCCGCAGUGUGGUAGAGGAUGAUCUGGACACCGAACACAGAGUCUCUUCUGCAAGGUAGUGACCCACCGCUGCCACUCUGCCUGCCUGGACAAGAUGAGGAGGGAGCCAGGGCUCAGGGGACCCCAUGUACCACAUCGUGAAUUCAGUGAAUUCAGAGACUGGACAGACAAAUAGUCCCCAGGUUGUGAACUGCGGCCCCGGAAGGCUGAGUUUGUUCCACUGAGGGUCUGAUGGGACUUGUGUUAGUUUUUGAGCCCAGAAAAUGUUGGGAAGGAAAUACUGUCUGUGUUCACCCGACAGAGGCAGCUGUGGUGGGGGUGCUCUGUCCUAUUUAUAGGGAAAAGAAGCCUUCCUUUACUGUUUUGUAUUAUAAAGGUGGAUAUGAGUAUAAACAGGCAUACACACAGACACAGAUCACCUACCCAGCUAACAGGAGGGCUGUCCUCCCCUCUCGGACACAUCUAGCCAUUAGUGCUUUCACAUUCUGACCUGAUUUGAAAUAAAGACGACUCUUCUCCAUCCCAGAGCACUCAGAGGGCUGGAGGGUCUUGUCUGCAGGUGGGAGGUGGCUCCUAAGGGACAUUAGGCCUGUGUGUUGUGGCCAAAUCCACAAAUGUGGGUUUCAGAUGAUGUAAUGGCCAGUUAUUCUACUCAUCUGUUGCAACCAGCAGCCUCUGACUUCCCUUUGGACAGUGGUGUAAUCACGUCACACAGGGUCCACAGCGCAUUGAAUAGUAGGUUUGCCUCUACAGCAUUUUUGUGGAAUAGUUUGCAAUGUGGUAAAUGUGCAAUAAAGAUAUGGCAAGUGUGUGUUGGCCGCACUGGGGCGGGGCCCUCAGACCCUGGCACUUGGCUGCCUGCCCACCCACCCUCUGCAAGAGCAAGUCCUGGCACCAGAUGUACCCAGGCCCCUGGCUUCCAGCUGCCCGUGGUGGCUGGAGCCCGAGGCCUGCUGGGGCCAUGGAGGGAGCAUCCCCCUGAGCCCUGGUGAGCAGGCUGAACAGGCCUGAGCUCUCCAGGCCUCAUAGGGUGCCCAGCAGGAACCAAGCAGGGGGCAGCAGGGGCUCCAAGGAGAGCUUGUGGCUGUGGACAUACCGCAGACCUCAGUAUUCUAGAAGCACAAGAGUCCCUGGGGUCAGAGUGCUGGAGUCACAGCCCCAUGGUCAUCGGGUCCACGUCGUCCCCCUGUGAUCACUUUGUGUGCACCAGGCCCCCUGCAAAACAAUCCGUGUAAAUCAUUACUGGUCUCUAAAGCAAAACAAGGUCAAUUUGAUUUCCUUCAUUUUACAGAUGGGCAAAGUCACUCAGCCUGUAAGUCAGUUUAGGUUCCUGGAAUGGCAAGCUAGUGGGAGAAACGCCAUCAGCCAAACAGGGUGCAGAGGCCCCACCUUGACCCUAGCCCCCAGGGUUAACUAAGUUCAGGAUGAGGCAUGCUUCCUGCACAACCAAACCUAAGGAGAUUGUCAGACUAGGACAAAUCACGAAAGGAAAUAAACAGGCAAUGUGAUA